AUGAUGGCCAGACAGGUGGCAGCAGGGUCGACGUCACAGGCGCGGGCAGGCUUGGCCCAGCUGCCCCAGGGCCAGGCGGCGGGUGCUGGCGUUGGUGCCAAGCCGGGACACGGGCGCCACGCUGGACGAGGCGUGGGCGUCAUGUCCUGCCAGUUCCGGUCAAAGGUGUCAGCGAGGGGAUUCUUCAAGGGCGACGAGAAGGUUUGCGGGAAGAUCUCGCGCUCCGACUCGGCACCCCCGUUCCACACGAGCCCACCGACCACCAUCACGAACAUGUCCGGCAUGCCGAUUCCCAUGCUGAGCUGCAGCAGCCCGGUGCAGCGCCUGCAGCGGCGGGUCGCCAUCCUGAUUCGGGGGGAAGCUUGCAGUCCCCCCGCGAGACUGCAGCUGAAUGCGUCCAUCAGCCAGCUCGACAUGGUUGUUGCGCCUCUCGUGAGCAAGGGCUUUGGGGUCGACGUUUUCUCUUCAACCUACACCAAUCCGUGCUUGGAGUCCGCGCUGCAGGUUUUUCGAGAAUAUCUGCGAGUUGAUCUCAGAACGAAGCGUCCAGGGAGCCAGUAUAUCAAUGUCUGGGAGGGUGUGGCCUCCGUAAUUUCGUAUGCGCACGAAAACAAUAUCCAGUAUAGUUUCCUGGCAGUGAUCCGCCAUGACAUGGUCAUGAAGAUCAAUUGGGUCGACAAUCUUCUAGGGUGCAUGAGCUUCUGUCCUGCCUUCAGGACGAAGGUGCAGAUGAAAGGGGACAAGCGUGUCACUGACACCUUGAUGGUAGUUGCUGGCUCGCGCAUCGGAUCUUUUUUCGAAGGACUGAACAUCCAGGACAAUUGGCCACUGGAGGCCAUUUGGGCGCGCUUCGAACCAGUGUUUGGCGAGGGAAACAUGACUCCCCUCGUGGACUACGAAUCCGACUCCAACCCAGAGAUUAUGCCGAACACCUUGUUCACGUUUUACGACCGCAUCGAAUGUAAUCGGACGUCAUGUAGGUGA